AUGAGAGGAGAAUACUGCUUAACGCCUGAUGGCCAAUACUUGGGUAAAGCGACUCGAAAAGAGUACAGAGAAAUGACUGAUGAUGAAAGGAACAGGUUUCAUGCAGCAAUGUGGUUAAUGAAACGUUCGGGAGUAUACGACGCCUUUGCAAGAAUUCAUACACGUUCCGUUGCUGAUGGUGGAGCUCACUCAGGACCAGCAUUCCUCCCUUGGCAUCGGGAAUAUCUCAAAAGAUUCGAAUUAGCCCUUCGAGCGUUUGAUGCAGGCGUAUCGAUGCCGUACUGGGAUUCAACCUUAGAUCAGCGUUUGCCUACACCGCAACAUUCCGUUCUUUGGAGUGAUGAGCUACUUGGAGGAGCUCGGCCGGGAGAUGUGAACGGUGGUGCAUUCAGAGGGUGGUUGCUGGAGAAUGUGAGUUGCUCGGCACUUUUUGGCAAAAACUGA